AUGCAGCUCACUACCUUUGCUACUAUUCUCUGUCUGGCUGUGGCCGCUGUCGCAGAGACAACUACCUCAAUUUCCACUGUCACUCUCACCAAAACUCUAGUGAGAGUCAAUCGAGUCACUAUGUCUGGCUCUACCUUUAUUAGCACGUACACUAGUGUGCCGGCCUCAGUCACCCCAGCAUCAACCUCGGCUACCUCAACUCCUCUUACUUCUGCGUCGUCCACAUCGACAUUUACCAAUUCCGCAGCAUCCGCCACCAAGACCGGCGGCGCAGUUAGUGUGGGCGCUGGCGUACCCGCAGCCAUGGUUGCUGGAUCUUUCGCACUAAUUAUGGGCUCUGUCCUGUAA